GAGCUGAGCCGGCUGGCUUCGGUUCCCUCUCCAGUGAGUCCGAGCUGCCAUGGCGAGCGGGGUGGUGGCCGCCGGCUUUCUCCUGGUCCUGGCCCUUGGGUGGCGCGGCGGCGGCGGCGGCGCUGGCGCUGCAGAAACCGAAGAAGUGGUCGUUGGCGAACCGGACGGGGAAGUGUCCCUGCGAUGCUGGAACGCAUCUUCUCAAGUCUUGGCGGUCCAGUGGUUUCGCGGUGAGCUGGGUGAGAUUCCCAUCCUCCUCUCCUCCGACGGAAAGCUGCUUUCAGACAGCCGCUUUUCCCUGGUGGAAAACAGCACCCUGCACAUCUCGGGAUUGCGUUUGGAGGACGAAGGUCAUUACGUGUGCAGGGAGAUCCUGGCUGAGACCAACCAUACCCACAGGACCCAGUUACUGAUGGCCGGUGGACCAGAUCAGAUGGAAGUCAGCAUAUCUCCCACCGGGACAUUGCCAAACGGCACACUUUAUGCCAAAAGACACGACGUCUUGAACUUCACCUGCAGCAGUGACACUUGGCCUGAUUCGGCCACUAAGUGGGAUUUUAACCCGCUUGGUUCUGCGCAGGAACCAUUCACCGAAGUCAACAGCUCACGGAGUUCAUUCGUGCUACAGAACGUCAUGCCCGACUACCAAGGGAACUACUCAUGCCUGGCCACCAACCUGUUGAGCCAGCAUCAGAAGUCCGUCAUCCGUGAACUCCUGGUCUACUAUCCCCCGCCGUCGUCUCCAAAAUGUCGGGCCGAGGCCUCCAUGGAAAAUUCUCAGGAGGUUCAACUGUUGUGCAGCUGGCCCGGGGGCUACCCAUCCCCUACGCUCCAGUGGAUCCCCCCGGAGGAUCUAGUCAUGGAUUCCAACACCACCCACUUUGCCAAUGCUACAGUGGUGUCUCUGCAAGGAUCCCGCCGGCUUUGGGGCAAGGAUUUUAUCUGUCGCGGAAGCCAUGUCGCGAAUGAGAAAGAAACCCAGGAUUGCACCUUGCGCUUGGAGAGGCCCUGGGUCAUAUCCAGCCCGAUGAAGAGCUGCUUCGUGGGGGGACCAGCGGAGAUGUCUUGUGAACUGAUAGCCAGCAACCCACCUGCGAGGAUCACCUGGCUACGCAACCUCUCUGAGGCGGAGGUAGAGAUCCGGUCGGGGGGAAGGUUUCUCGUCAGCCAAAAGGAUGGGGUCUCUACCCUUGCCAUCCAGAAUUGCUCCACCAGCAGAGACCAAGGGUACUACAUCUGCAAGGCUGAGAACCCCCUGGGCCUCAGACAGGUGUACGUUCACCUGCAGGUGACAGAGCCUUUGAACGUUGCUGGAAUUGUGGGCUCCGUUGUAGUCCUUUUACUGUUGGGAGUCCUGGUCUUUUCCGGAAUCCUUCUCUAUUUAGGACCUCAGGCGUGCCUCAAAGUGAACGUGCUUCGGAAUCAAGAUGCGGGUGACAUUCUUGAACUUAUGGACUCAGAAGAAGAGGACCUGUACUUGGAGUCCACCGGGGAACCAACGUUGCAUCAGACGGAAGGGAGAGGAAACGGGUGUUCUACCGGAUCUACGGAAAGCUCAUUUCCGGAAACGUCCAUCUCCCUGGAGGAAAUCCAGAGGUCCAAGCCCACGUCGUAGAGAAGGCGACCUCUUCCUUUGCGUUACGUGCUAAGAACGGAAGCCACCUUGGAACUACGGGACCCAAAGGAUUCCUGCAAAGUUCUUCCCAUCUGGGUUGACGCCUCUCUUUUUGCCUCUCCUGGUCGCCCUUCCUGUGCUUGCUUGCCGCUGCGGUUUGGCUGCGCGGCCUGCCCUGUGGAAUUGGAAACCAUCUUUGCGACGUAGGCGAGGAUAAGAAUUCAAGGGGCUUUUACGGAACCGGAAGCAGCAGCAUUCCCGGGGCAAUUUUCCGUGGAGAAGCAGCCUUGAGGCCCCGCGGAAGAGCUGGAGGAACAGGGAAGAGAUUUCCCAACUGGUCCCGGAUCCCAGGCUCCUAGCUUGGAUACGACUCUUAAUUGGAGUCAAAGCUCGUUAGGGAAGCUGUUUCGGGGUAGGAAGAGUCACAGCAGCUUCUGUUGGGGGCAGAAAAGAAUAACUGAACAGGGAAGCAUCCCCUCUAGUCUAGGGGAGGAGGAGGACUUGAGGCAAUCUAAAAACACUUUGUGUCCAGAGGUGGGUAUUCAGCCGGUUUGGACUGGUUCACUAGAACCGGUAGUGGAAAU